GAAAGCUGCCAGUGAGGGAGAGCGGGGAGUCUCACAGCGGAACAAGCAAGCAACGAGACCCUGUCAAACCUCUCGAAGAGGAGUUUAGGUUACAUGGGACCGCUAUAUUUUAGUCAGCCGUCCAUGUAUUUAUUAUUUUAUUUGAUUAAUAAGUAAUUCAAGCUGUAAGGGAAUUAUUAUCUUGUACAUUUUAUUGUAGCCUAUAUUUGGCGCAUCUGUAUAUUUUAGCAUUUACAGUUUAAACCUACCCCCCUCAAGCCGUGCCCAAUGCCGAGGAAUGGAUAGUGUGUCUGGCAAAGGUGGAAAGAUGGUCGAAAGUGAUGAACAGUCGGAGAGGGUUAGUGGCGGUGGCGCAGCGAUGGCCGCGCUACACCAAUGCGAACUCAUCCAGAACAUGAUCGAAAUCUCCAUCUCCAGUUUACGAGGGCUCCGGACAAAAUGCGCCGCGUCCAACGAUCUCACCCAGCAAGAGAUACGCACUUUAGAGGUGAAGCUGGUGAAGUACAUCUGCAAGCAGCUGCAGUGCAAACAGAAAGUGCCGGAAAGCGAGAGGCCCCAGGCUCUGGAGGGCUACCCGCGGCUCGGGGACUGGCUGCGCACCAUCAACCUGCGACCUGAACUCAUAGAGGCAGUGCCGGUGAAGCUGUCCCUGGAUGCUCUGCUGCAGAUGUCUGGCUCUCAGGUGCGAGAGACCAUGAAAAGGCUGGGCUCCAGCUCGGAGGAGUGCUCCCGGCUCACCGCCGCCCUCUCCUGUCUGAAGAGCGCCACUGAAUCAGGAGGGGAGCUGAAGGAGGAAGGGGUGCCCUGGAUCACGGAGGCCGCCCGACGAGACAGCGGCACGCUGGCCCCCGCCGACCAGCUGUCCUGCCCCGGGGGGACCCUGCGCUCCCACAGCCCCUCCCCCUUGGCCCGCCCCCACGGCGCGCCCCCCGCCCCCACCUCCUCCGCUCACCUGCGCUCCGUGUCCACGUCGGUCGUGCCCUCCUCCUCCUCCUCCUCCUCCGACGGCCCCGGGCCCUGCGUCCACGGCGACGGGCUCUCGGACCCCUUCCCCCCCUCCCCGAGGCCCGGCCGCGUCCACGGUCACGUGGCCACGCCCCCCGCCACCCCGCCCUCCAAGAGGCGGCACCGGCUGAAGCCCCCCUGCACGCCGCCCCCGCCUUCCAGGAAAGUGCUGCACCUCCUUCCCAACAUCACCCUCACACGCAGCAAGAGCCAUGAGUCACAGCUGGGCAAUAGAAUCGAGGAGCCGCCCCUCAACAAGUGUGCGAAGAAGAACAAGCUCUUCCUCAACGUGCACAUCAACGGCAGCGGCAACGGGUGCGAGGACUCGUCGACACGGUCCCCCCUGCUCUCUGCCCGCACCCCCGGGACGGCCCAAACUCCCUCCACUGCCCCCUACACCCUGCCCGGCACCCCCACGCUUCUAGAGGACCACACCGGCCUCAAGAAUAAUAUGGGAGUGCAUCGAGGCUCCCCCCAGGCAGUGAGGAGGGACAUCGGCAUCGCUGUCACACACAGGUUUUCUACCAAAUCCUGGCUCUCACAGACAUGUCAAGUGUGUCAGAAGAACAUGAUGUUUGGGGUGAAAUGCAAACACUGCAGGCUAAAGUGCCAUAACAAAUGUACAAAAGAAGCCCCUUCCUGCAGAAUAUCAUUUAUCCCAAUGGCAAAGAUCCGGAGGACGGAGUCCGUGCCGUCGGACAUCAAUAACCCCGUGGACCGUCCGGCCGAGGCGCCGCAGUUCGGCACGUUACCGAAGGCGAUAACCAAAAAGGAACACCCGCCGGUGCUGAACCAGCUGGACUCCAGCAGCAACCCUUCCUCCACCACCUCCUCCACCCCCUCCUCACCCGCCCCCUUCCAGCAGAGUAACCCCCCCAGCGCCACACCGCCACCCAACCCCUCCCCCAAAGGACCCCGCGACAGCCGCUUUCACUUCCCAGCUGCCUGCUACUUUCAGCAUAGACAGCAGUUUAUCUUCCCCGAUGUACCUGGCUCUGCCUCCCUGCACUCAGAAGCUCUCCAGGACACCGCUGAGAACGAGCAGUCGGCGCACGACCCCAAGUCACACCUGGCAGGGGAGGAGAACGUAGAGGAAGUAGACGAAGAGGAGGAAGCAGAGGAGGAUGAAGAAGCGGCGGAAGAGGAGGAAGAGGAGGAGGAUGGGGAGGCGGAGGCGGACGGGAAAGGGGGGUCGGAGGCGGAGGGCGACGCGGACGAGCUGGACGACCUGCCGAGCUCGCGGGGCACCCACUGGAGGGGCCCCAUCUCGCGCAAGGCCAGCCAGACCAGCGUGUACCUGCAGGAGUGGGACAUCCCGUUCGAGCAGCUGGACCUGGGCGAGCUGAUCGGGAAGGGCCGCUGGGGCAAGGUGCACAAGGGCCGCUGGCACGGCGAGGUGGCCAUCCGGCUGCUGGAGAUCGACGGCAACAACCAGGACCACCUGAAGCUCUUCAAGAAGGAGGUGAUGAACUACCGGCAGACGCGGCACGAGAACGUGGUGCUCUUCAUGGGGGCCUGCAUGGCGCCGCCGCACCUGGCCAUCAUCACCAGCUUCUGUAAAGGACGGACACUGUACUCAGUUGUGAGAGACACCAAGAACAUGCUGGACAUCAACAAGACUAGGCAAAUCGCUCAGGAAAUCGUAAAGGGAAUGGGCUAUCUACACGCAAAGGGUAUCGUGCACAAGGAUCUGAAGUCCAAGAACGUGUUUCACGACACAAACAAGGUGGUCAUCACGGAUUUCGGGCUCUUUGGGAUCUCGGGCGUGGUUCAGGAAGGAAGGAGGGAGAACGAGCUGAAGCUCCCUCACGGCUGGAUCUGCUACCUGGCGCCCGAGAUCGUGCGAAAGAUGCGCCCGGGGAACGACGACCGCCUCCCCUUCUCCAACGCCGCCGACGUCUACGCCUUCGGCACUAUCUGGUACGAGCUCCAGGCCCGGGAUUGGCCAAUUACGAACCAGCCCGUGGAGGCCACCAUCUGGCAGGUGGGCAGCGGAGAGGGCAUAAAGAAGGUGCUGGCAGAGAUCAGCCUUGGCAAGGAGGUCACGGAGAUCCUCUCUGCCUGCUGGGCGUAUGACCUGCGCGAGAGGCCCACCUUCACCCAGCUGGCCGACAUGCUGGAGAAACUGCCCAAGCUCAACCGCAGGCUCUCCCACCCCGGCCACUUCUGGAAGUCUGCCGAGUACGUAUCCUAGGAUGGGGGCACGCUGGACUUCCUGCCUGGCUUUGACCCCUGACCCCAUGACCCCCUGAUGCAUCCUGCCAUUCCAACCAUCCCACAUCCCCCCCCCCCCAUGCCCAUCCUAGGACCACUUCCACAGGGGCUGACGCCAGAGGAAAGGGGUAGAGGUGGACAGGGUGAUAGUCUGCCCUCUACCGGGUGGCCACUCUGUGGGAGUCACUCUGGGACACAGUGCUGGUGGAGGGUGCUGAGACAGCAGAUGAGACUGCACUAAAAGACUACUCCCCGUGCAAGCGGUGCACCCAUAACGGCACACGCACACACACACACACUCACACACUCACGCACACACGCACACACACUCACACACACACACACACACAAAGAAACUGCUUAACACUAAAUUAACUUUUUAGGAGGGUUUGUUCGGCUCUCUAGGCUGUGACACAUUCAUACUCUGUCAGGAGCACAUUAAGGACCUGGCCAGCACUUUCUACUGCAAAGGCAAGAGGAAACACAUUGCUGAGAAAGAGCCUAAUUUGUGUUUUGUUUCUUAUUUUAUCAGUUAGCACUGUAGCAUUUAACGUACGAUUGCUGUGAAACUGUCUUUCAAACAUUGAGCUUUUUUUUUUACACUAGUUCCUACAGUGCAAUGACCCAUUUCUUUAAACACUGUAGCAUUUAACAUUGGAUUGCUGUGAAUUUUCUUUUAAAGAACAGGGAUGACUUGAUACCUAGUUCCUUUUCACUUCCUCCUUCAAACCACUUACCCUUCGCUGUGAUUUGACACUGGCUGUGAUGCAGCCAGCUCCUUUCCUCUGACCUGCCUCUCUGUUCCCCUGCCUGGGUGCUGUUCUGUGCUGGGACAGAGGGACCUGUGUGAUCCUGUCCCUCCUGGAACCCCACCUCUGCACCGCUGCUCAUCUCUCCACUCCAAACUCUCACUCUGCUCCCUCUUCCCUUCCUCCCAGUCCCCUCAUCUUCCCUCCUUCAUGCAAAUACAGCC